UCCGACGACGAACACUACACACCGCACAACGCCUAACGCUUCCCUCGGAUCGCUUUCGAGCUCGCCACUCGACCGCGAGCUCACCAGAUCGUUUCUGACCGUUGCAACGUUAAGGCCGCGAAAUUUUCUUAUACUUCGUAUUAUUAUUUUUGACCAUCACUCGAUCGACUCGUUCUCUUUAUAUUAUUUUUUUUAUUUAAUCGAAAAAUACCGAAGCAGCUGUCGCCACGAAAUACGUCAAUUAUCGACGCAACAAAAAUUAUUGUGUUAAAUUCUUUCGAAAAAAAAUUGAAAUCGCCCCUUCACAAUUCUCCGGCGCACACACGCCCGGACAUCUCCGUCCAAUUUCGUUCUUUAUUCGACAAAUAAAGACGCAUCGAAGAGGAAAAAAAACACGAGCGAGUGCUUCGCCAAUCGAGGGAGGGGGGUGAGGGAAGAAACGCGUGACGCCGUCGUGAAGAUGCUCGCCGCGUCACUGCGUCGUGAAGUGCACUUCGGCAACGUGUUAGCCUCGAGGAUGCAGUCUCGUGUGCCACGUUGUCUGUUCGGCUCACCAAACCCGAAGGAAACCGCCGAGAUGCUUCAGGAUGCCCUCGACAUGGAAAGAACGAAAUUCGCCAGGAGAUGGGGUGUCGAUCCAAGCUCCGAGGACAAGGAAAAUUUCCAACGAAAAUAUGAACGAGUCGACGGCCGAUCGCCCAGGAAAAAUCGCACGACACCCUAUUCGCGACAAACUAGCAUUCACGAAUACUGGCGAGUGCGAAAAGUUUGCGAACCUAGCAAAAAAGGCCUCACGAUUUCUUCGGAGAAUACGAAGAAGCAGUCGCAGGAUGGUCAAAAAUUGUUGGGUUCUCCAAAGUGAUAAUUAUUUCGAGAGGAGCGUUUCGGAGGAUGACAGAGAAAAAGAAGACGAAAGAAAAAUGCGAAAAUCAUCGACAUUGUCCGAGGAUGAGAAUUCGUGGAACGAUGUCAACGUGAUCGACGAUUUUCGAUUAUUUAUCAACGACGUAACGUCGCGAACUUGUAUAUUUAUUAAUUAAUCAUAAUUUCGUUACAACUAAAUGUAGCUCAUCGCGUUCUUCGAAUGAUUAGUUUUACGGGACCGCAUAUACCUCUCAGUCAGGUUUUACGAAAUAUUAUAACGAGCUUUCGGAGUUUCUGUGGUAUUCAAACGCUCCGUACUCACUUCUUUUUUUCUCAUCAUUUUUUUCCUAUUGUAUAUAACUGGAUAAGAAUUAAUGGAGGUUGUGGUGGACGAUUGCUGAUGUUGUUGUGUGGCUAAAAAUGUUACGAAAUCGUUGUCAUCGAAAGACUGAUCUGCCCCGUGACAGGCUUCGAUCUCAGUGCGACCAUGCAAAAUGCUCUCAUUGAGAUCGAAAGAUCUUCUACAGUACGAAAGUAUGAAGAAAAAUCUCACGAGAAAAUAAGCUACGAGCUCGGUAACAGUGAUCGUUCACUGGAAGCCUGAAACUGUCGAUUCGCUUAACAAAGCAACGAUGCAGCGCCUCCAAAGACUAAUUAAUGAAUAAACGAGAUAACAACUGUAUUAAUUACUUAUAUAGUUACCUCGGCUUAACCGAGACGCGGAGCGCCAGAUCCUGUGUAUAUCUCAACCUAAUAUUAGCCAAUAUUCUAGUCAUUUAGUCAUUAAACGUCAAUCGAAUUUAGAUAAAUGACAUCGAUCAAAUUUUGUAUAAAAAUAUAUACAUUUUUAAACAUA